CCCGGGCCGCUGCCGUCGCCGCCGCACUACGGGCGCCUGCCCGGCACCAUCUGGAGCUACACCCAGGUGCGGCGCACCGGCGGCGGCGGCCUGGAGACCGUGCAGGGCCCCGGCGUGUCCUGGGUGCACCCGGACGGGGUCGGCGUGCAGAUCGACACCAUCACCCCCGAGAUCCGCGCCCUCUACAACGUGCUGGCCAAAGUCAAGCGGGAGCGCGACGAGUACAAGAGGAAAUGGGAAGAGGAGCUGACGAGAAGGAUGAGCCUGGAAUCCAUGGUGGAAACCUUGAGAGAGGAGGCACAGGAAGCAGAAGCUCUCCAGGAGGAGCUGAAUGAGAAGAUUGAGAGGCUGAAAGCAGAGCUGGUGGUCUUUAAGGGUCUGAUGAGUGAUCCCAUGACAGACCUGGACACAAAGAUCCAAGAAAAGGCCAUGAAGGUGGACAUGGACAUCUGCCGCCGAAUCGAUAUCACGGCCAAGCUGUGCGAUGUCGCGCAGCAGCGCAACUCGGAAGACGUUUCCAAGAUUUUCCAGGUGGCCUCCAAGAAGAAGGAGAGGAAGCUGACGUCGGACGAGGAGCUGUCGGAGCAGGACGCCGACAACGGGAGGUUCUCGGAUGAUGAGGUCAGCUGCUCCCUCAACAUCACGGAUGAGAUGAAGAGGAUGUUCAACCAGCUCCGUGAGACCUUUGAUUUUGAUGACGACUGUGACAGUUUAACAUGGGAGGAGAACGAGGAAACGCUGCUGCUUUGGGAGGACUUCACCAACUGCAAUCCCUCCAUUGACCUCCAAGGAGAGGAAGAAAACCUGGGAAACUUGAUCCACGAAACAGAGUCUUUCUUCAAAACGAGAGACAAGGAAUACCAGGAGACAAUAGGGCAGAUAGAGCUGGAACUGGCCACAGCCAAGAGCGACAUGAACCGGCACCUGCACGAGUACAUGGAGAUGUGCAGCAUGAAACGGGGCCUGGACGUGCAGAUGGAGACCUGCAGGAGGCUCAUCAAGGGCUCAGCUGACAGGAAUUCUCCAUCCCCCAGCUCAGUAGCCAGCAGUGACUCAGGAAACACAGAUGAAAUUCAGGAUGAUCUGGACAGAGAGACGGACGUGGAGCCCAUGGUCAGCUGAUAGCAAGUGGAGCAUUCCAGAGAAGGGGAAGAUGGAGAGAAAAGAUUGCAAACCAAUUGCUGGGGGAAAGGUGAAAGACUUGAGAGCCCCUGCAGAGGGACUCUGAGGACUCAUUCCUACAUGCAUCCCCUCCCACCCAAGGAUUGGUGCUGUACAUUUCUAUUGUUCUACAAACCAUAAAUGCAGAGUCCUGUAGGAAAACACGGUGUUUUAAUUGUGCCUUUGCCCCAAGCUGAGCCACUUUGAGCUCCAGUGGAAUA